UCGUAUCUGCUUGUGGAGUCAUCAUGGCGUCAGCUGCUGUAGCUGGUCACUCUAACAUGAAGUCCUCACACCUGGCCUCCCUCACCCCACAAUGGAUGAAUAGUGAAGUGCUGACCGGUACCUCUAUCAUGGCAGUGGAGUUUGAUGGAGGUGUUGUUGUGGGUGCUGACUCCCGAACUUCCAUGGGAACUUACGUUUCAAACCGUGUGACAGAUAAAUUGACACGUGUUACGGAUAGAAUUUACUGCUGCCGAUCUGGUUCAGCUGCAGAUACUCAGGCUAUUGCUGAUAUCGUCUCUUCACACAUGGAGAUCUUGGAAGUGAAGCUAGGGGAGCCUCCUUUAGUCCAAGUAGCAGCUAACACAUUUAAAGAGAUAUGUUACAACUACAGGGACAUGCUAAUGGCUGGAAUUAUAGUUGCUGGAUGGGAUAAAUCCAAAGGUGGUCAGGUAUACACAAUACCAUUAGGAGGUAUGAUGGUCCGCCAACCAAUAGCUAUUGGUGGUUCUGGCAGCACAUAUGUGUGGGGCCACAUUGAUGCAGCCUAUCAGCCCAAUAUGAAUCAAGAGGAGACAGUUGACUUUGUCAGAAAGACCCUCACCCUUGCUUUAACUCGUGAUGGGAGCAGUGGAGGUGUAGUGCGUGUGGCUGUCAUCACAAAAGAUGGAGUUGAUCGACGAGUAUUCCUUCACAAUGAGCUGCCUGAGUUUUACCAGGGCUAGUUAAUUAUAAAAGGUUCAUUGUGGUUAUCUUAAAUACCCCCGAUUUUUUUUUUUGUUUGUUUUUUGUGAUUUUUUUUAAAAAUCAUUAUAUUGUAGGGGAAGCACCUGUUUUGUUGCUUUUGCGGUUUUCCACGUUUUCCACAUGUAUUUUAUAUCUUGGUAGGUUUUUCUUUGCAUUCAGCUGUAAAGUUAUCUAGAACUGAUGUUUAAAAAUUUAUUAAAAUAUGAAUACAGUU